AUGGGGACGACCACACCUGGGGGGAGGACGCAGGUGGCCUGGGGCUGGAGCUGGACAUCACUCAUGCUGUGGGCCUCAGACCAGCGCCAGCCCAAGGCCACCUGGACCACAGCAGGGACUGCAGCCACCUCAGGAGCACAGAGUUGGUGCCACCGGGUUGCGGGGGAUCCUGUUGCACAGACUUCACCUGCCAUGAGCGCUCCGGCUGCUUCUGCAGCCUGUCCUGCGGGAAUGCGAUUGGAUGUCGGGCCUGUGCCCACGUUUGUGGGAUGUGCCCCUGCACCCCUGUCCAUCCAGGCAGUCACCGACACCAUGACUUACUGUCUGAACAAGAAGUCCCCAUUCCACGAGUCCCGGCUGCUGCAGCUCUGGGGCAAGGUGGCACCCUGCAUCACCCGCCCCGUGGUGCUCAAGUGGUCCGUCACCCAGACGCUGGAUGUCACUGAGCAGCUGGACGCUGGGGUGAGGUACCUGGACCUGCGGAUCGCCACACAUGGCGGAGGCUCAGAGAAGAACCUGCACUUCGUGCACAUGGUGUACAUCGCCCUGGUGGAGGACACGCUGACGGAUUCAGAGUGGCUGGAGAGCCACCCCCGCGAGGUGCUCAUCCUGGCGCAGAACUUUGAGGGCAUGGGACGAUGACUGCAUGAGUAUCACACCUGCAUCAAGAAUAUCUUUGGUGCUUGCUGUGUCCCCGAGGGUGAGGAGCCCACACUGCGGCAGCUGUGGGCACGAGGACACCAGGUCAUCGUGUCCUACGAGGACGAGGGCUCCGUCAGCCGGCACCUGAGCUGUGGCCCGGGAUCCUACUGGUGGGGCAACCAGGUGAAAACCCAGGCGCUCAUCCACUACCUGGAGGCCAUGAAGAGCUGCGGCCGUCCAGGGGGAUUCUUCGUGGCGGGCACCAACCUCACAGAGAACCUGGGAUAUGUCCUGGUGCACCCGUCCGGGUCCCUGAGGACGAUGACACUGCCCAGCCUGCCGGACCUGAGCGCCUGGGUGCGCGAGCAGUGCCCGGGCCCCGGGCCCCGCUGCACCAACAUCAUCGCCGGUGACUUCAUCGGCGCCGACACCUUUGUCAGUGACGUCAUCAGGCUCAACGACAAGCUCCUGUGUGCUGACCUGGUCCCUGUGGCCUUGCGGGCGGGCUGA